CGCGGUGGGGCAAGCUCCAGACCCUGACAUCGGAAUGGCGCCAAUCUGUGUCCAAGAGCAGAAACUAGAUUUUCUCCACUCCAGCGACCUGCAGGUGCGUUAUGCUGGAGGGUUGCAAUGGUGGUUUUGCCUGCAUGACAUCAUUGACACGCGGACGCAUGAUGACGAAGCGCUUGUGCUAAAGCAACUGGACGAACUGCUCGAGAGAUUGCCACUGCGAUCAGUCUCGGAUUGGUGUGUUAAAUUAGCUCACAGGCCAUUUGAUCGGGUACAUCAGUUGCUGAUGCAACGUUUUUCUUUGGAAGUGAGCAGGCGAUUGGGCCAAGCGCUUCACCACGUCACAACACAGACUGAAUCUGGCAAUGCGAUUAUUGCUGGGCGACGCUGUUUGUUGCGAUCGAGCCUCACGGAUCCUGUCAGUGGGAAGGUCAAAAUCAGUCUGCAAAGGCAUUGUCGAGUAAAGGGGACCGGUUUUUAUUUCCCUUUUGAUGUAACUGAAGACAAGAUCGAUUUGUUUAUUUUCAUGCUCUAUCGCUGUCCGACGAACCUAGAGUUAGACGGUGUCUUUAUAUUUCCUAGUUCAUACCUACAGGACCAGGGUGUGCUUUCUUCAGAAAACGCAAAAGGACGCCUUGGAAUGGUCCUGUAUCCACCAGGAGCCACUGGCGUUUCGAAAACGCGCGAAGAGCUUGUUGCGAAGCAACAAAGCUACCAUAUUUCAUUCAAAGAAGAUGACAAAAAAGAAAACUUUCUGCAAAAUCAUCCCGAGGUGGACUCAAUGGAAAAGCAAAAAACAGAGAAACUUGCUUCGUUGUUACUGGGAAAAUAACUGAAUGUACAGGUAGUUGAGUCCUGUCAUCUGCG